AUGGAUAGGUCGGUUCAGCAGACAGACUUUGAUGCUCUGUCUUACAAAAUGGCGGCGAUCUCAAAGGGAUACCUCCCCAGUGUGCAGCAAACCGCUACCUGUUGCUAUAAAAACUACAAGGAGACACAUUUGGAGUACUGUAACACUCUGAAGAAAUUGAACCGACGUGCCUAUUCAAGGGUUCAUAAUGCGUGUAGAAGCCUAUUACCUGUGAUGAACUACGGGACAUAUCUGCGGACGGAGUCGGUAGAUGUGGAAUUGCACAAGUUCCUGGAGCGGUACGGAGAACGAGCGCAGGUUGUGAACCUGGGUUGUGGUUCUGAUUUGCGUAUGUUGAUGAUUAUGGAUGCUUUUGAGAAUGUUCGAUACGUAGAUAUCGAUUUUCAGGCGUCAGUUAAGUUAAAGAAGGAUGUGUUGAUAAUAAACGAGAGGCUUAAGCAGCAGAUAAAGGUUGGAGACGGGUUUUCCGAGGAUCGAAUUGUCACUGAUCGAUAUGUGUUGGUGCCUGGGGAUCUGAGAAAUGGCGCAGAAAUUUGCAGCCUCCUGAAGGAAUUUACGUCAAGAGAUGUGCCUACAAUUAUCAUCACCGAAUGCGUUCUAUGCUAUCUUAGUGAUGACAGUUCCAAAAAUAUCAUUGACGUGGUAAUCUCCUUCUAUGAACACGGCGAAUGGAUCAGUUACGAUCCGAUUGGCGGCGCAGACAACAAUGAUCGCUUCGGAAUCAUCAUGCAGGCUAACUUGAGAGAGUCAAGACGCCUGGAGAUGCCGACUCUCAUGAUGUAUAAUUCGAAGGAGACGUAUGCAUCUAGAUUCCCAUAUAACUCUAGCAUUAAAACUAUGUGGGAAUACUACGAAAGUGAUAUUUCGUCUAAGGAAAAACAGCGGCUGAAAACACUGCAAUUUCUGGAUGAGUUGGAAGAAUUGGAAAUUUUACUAUCACAUUAUAUAAUACUAAUUACCUCUUGGUAA